AUGGGAAACAAUACUUCUACAGGGAAUUUCCAUAGUUCUGGUCUGAACAAGCGUCAAGGAAAUAGUUCAGAUUCAAUUAGAAAGUCAUCAGCUUCGGUAAAUUACAACAAUAGUGUCGAUAGUUCUAGUGAUAAUAGAGUGAGAAAAUCAACUGCUAACAAAAAUGCUAAUUCCCUCGAUGAAGAGUUUAGUGAUUUAAUCUUACAUCAAGUGGUCAAAAACUCCCGCACUCUAGAGGCUGCCCCACUACAACCACUGCCAAAAGGAGAACCAACGAAUCCUCAUCACCAACAAAGUAAUGUUUACUCGACGCAUUAUAAUCAAUUCAGUGACGAUUUAAUCGAGGAUGAGUUCAAUGAAUUGAAUGAAGGUAUUGUUGAAACAGAAAUGGGGUCACUUCAAAGGAAUAUUAUACCUGAUCAAGGGUUUGGAAAUGACCCAACAAAUACCACAUCUUCAUCGGACUCUACUGGAACAUACAACUAUUCAUCUACUUUAAAUGACGAUAUGGAAAUUGAUGCACCUUUCCCUCAUGAUGACGACGAUGAUAAUGAUAGUGAUGGUGUUAAUAAGGUGUUCCCCCAAAGUCGGUCAAGAACCCCUACACCAGAUUUAACCAAAGUUGAUUUCACGAAAAUAAUAAGUCAAGCACCUCCUGGGUAUGAUGGUGAUACAAAUAUGAAUGGAUCUGGAUCCGUCCCGCCACCAACUCAAAUGAUGUCUGCUGCCUCGGUUGCCAGAAAUGCUCAUUCGCCUUUACCAAAUUCUGACCACCACCAAAAAAAUUUGCAACAGCAACGACAACCACAACAACAACAGCAAUUGCAACUGCUGUUCCCAGACAAUUCUUGUGGCAACACUCAUGCCUAUCCACAACAACAUGGUCGACCAACUAAAAUAUUAAAGACUAAUCAACAACUGCAGCAGUUUUUAAUUCCUAUUGAAAUUAAAUGGGUGAAUACUACAAAAGAAGCCAUACAUAAAAUAGCUAUUAUUGGAUCAUUUUCCAAUUGGAGAGAUGUUAUUAAAAUGUAUCCAUCAACUAGUCACCCUAAUGAAUUUGUUACAACAAUUAACUUACCUUUAGGUGUACACAAAUUACUUUAUAUUAUCAAUAAUGAAUAUCGAGUAAGUGAUCAAUUACCCACUGCUACAGAUCAAGAAGGUAUUUUUUUCAACUGGUUUGAAGUCAUUGAUGAUACUCAUCUUUUCAAUCAUUCAUUAAAUCAACCAAAUCAUAUUGGUGCCAGUACAGAUUAUGAUGCUAAUAUUAUUAGAUAUGAUAAUACAACAACUACAACUUCAGAAAUGAGUACUACUACUACUGCUACUACUACUACUACACCAAAAUAUGUUCAACCACAAACUUGGGCACCUAGACCAGCUGGAAAAUCUGAUGUUGAUAAAAUCAAUCAAAAAGAAACUGAUUUACUUUAUAAAAUGAGUAAAGAGGCAUCAGGUGAAUUUGAACAUGUGGAAUUUAUUGAAGAUACUGAUGCCACUGGUAAUGGUAAUGGUGCUACUGCCGGUACUGCUGGCCAAUCACAAGAUUCUUCUACACCACAAGGUCAUAAUAAUCAUGAAGCAAUCAAUUCAGUUGAUGAAAUUGCAUUUGACAAUAAUCCUUAUCAAAAUUAUGAAUUAUCGACGAGUUCAAGUUCAUUUUUACAAACCACUGGACAAAUCAUUGAAAACCCCGUGGAAUAUUCUUCAGAAAUACCGGAAAUGUUCAUUAAUUAUGAUUAUUUCAAAAUGAAACCGGCAGAUUAUGAAUUACCUGAACCACCUCAAUUACCACCACAUUUAAAUAAUGUAUUAUUGAACAAAAUGACGUCAUCAUCAUCAUCUGGUUCUGGUUCUGGUUCUGGUUAUUCUUCUACUUCUCAUGGAUCAGGAUCAAUGACUCAACAUUUAUCUAGUAUUGGUAAUGUUAGUACCAUUAGUGGUAGUUUACCAAAAUCACAGAGUUUACUGUCAACUAUUGGUAGUGGUAGUAGUAGUAGUGUGUCAAAUACUGGAUCUUAUUUGAAUAACAAACGUCCACCAUUGAGAAGAGCAGAUAGUUCAUAUUAUGCAUCAAAUAAAGAUGCUUAUCAUUUACUGAUUCCUAAUCAUGUAAUACUAAAUCAUUUGAUGACUACAAGUAUUAAAAAUGAUGUUUUAACUGUUGCUUGUAUCACUAGAUAUCUGGGUAAAUUUGUCACACAAAUAAUACAUUCACCAGCUGAUACUAAAUAA